AAAAAGCCGCUCUCUCUUCCACUCUCAUCUCAUCUAUCUCUCUCUCUCUCUCUAUAUAUAUCAGAGAAGAGCUCUCUUUUGGUCUCUCCAGCGAUUCUGAUCUGAAGCCCAUCAUCAUUUUAUUGAAUCCCACUGCCAAAAUCUUUCAGAUUUUCAUUAGGAGGAGGAAGAAAGAAAAAAAGAUGAAUCACGUACCAUCUGAUCAAAGCUUUUACAUUGAGAGUGAGGACGAAGACGACAGGAAAGAUUACGCAGAAGAAGAUGGUAGAGGAAGCCAUUCUGAUUCCUCUGAUGAUGCUUAUGAUGAAAACCAAGCUCAUACUAAGCCUAGCUCAUACACCACUGCCUGGCCUCAGAGUUACAGGCAGUCUAUUGAUCUUUACAGUAGUGUACCGUCUCCUGGUAUCGGUUUUCUUGGAAACAAUUCGAUGACGAGAUUUGGAAGCUCGUUCUUGUCAUCUUCUUUGAUAAGAAGACAUACUCCGGAAUCGUUACCUGCUGUUACGAAACCUUUGUUAUCACCACAAGCUGAUGAGCAAGCACCACCGAAACACAGACUUAGCUCUCAUGGCUUGCUCUCUCCUAUUCCUUCGAGGAGGUCUUCGAUGCGAAAGGACGAGAAAUCAUCCAUGGUGUCUCAUGAGAUUCCAAUGUCCCGCAAUAGCUCAUACGGACAAGCUGUUCUAAAUGGAUUGAACGUUCUAUGUGGCGUUGGAAUACUCUCAACGCCUUAUGCUGCCAAAGAAGGAGGAUGGUUGGGACUAAUGAUACUAUUUAUAUAUGGUCUUCUUUCUUUCUACACCGGAAUCCUCCUGCGUUACUGCCUCGACAGCGAGUCUGACCUCGAGACCUAUCCCGACAUUGGCCAAGCUGCGUUUGGUACUACUGGACGAAUUUUUGUCUCGAUUGUACUCUAUUUGGAGCUAUACGCGUGCUGUGUGGAAUAUAUAAUAUUGGAGAGUGACAAUUUGUCUUCAUUAUUAUUCGUCAGCACCGGUUUAGCUUACGAUGUGUUCGGGAGCCCUCGUCCAAACGAGUAUUUUACAGAGAGCCGACAAGGCACCGUUUGGCUCAGAGAUCUCAGCAUACUGAGUUAUAUCUCAGCUGGAGGGGUGAUUGCAUCGGUGCUAGUGGUUUUGUGUUUGUUUUGGAUUGGUUUGGUAGAUGAAGUUGGGAUUCACAGCAAAGGAACUACACUGAACUUGUCAACAUUACCUGUAGCUAUAGGGCUCUAUGGUUACUGCUACUCAGGACAUGCUGUUUUCCCUAAUAUUUAUACUUCUAUGGCCAAACCUUCUCAAUACCCUUCUGUUCUCUUGACAUGUUUUUGUAUUUGUACUAUGAUGUAUGCCGGCGUUGCUGUUAUGGGAUAUACGAUGUUUGGAGAAUCAACACAAUCUCAGUUUACUCUCAACUUGCCUCAAGAUUUGGUUGCAACUAAGAUUGCUGUGUGGACUACUGUGGUCAAUCCAUUUACCAAAUAUGCUUUGACCUUAUCUCCAGUAGCAAUGAGUCUUGAGGAGUUGAUACCAUCAAGGCAUAUUAGGUCACAUUGGUAUGCCAUUGGCAUUAGAACAGCAUUAGUCUUCUCUACUCUGCUUGUCGGUCUUGCAAUUCCCUUCUUUGGUCUUGUCAUGUCUUUGAUUGGAUCAUUGUUGACAAUGCUCGUCACUCUAAUACUUCCACCAGUGUGUUUCUUGAGCAUCGUACGGAAAAAAGUUACCCCGACUCAGAUGAUGCUGUGUAUCUUAAUCAUCAUAGUAGGAACAGUAUCUUCAGUCAUUGGGUCAUACUCAGCUCUCUCCAAGAUCGUUGAGAAAUUGAGCAGCUGAAAAUAAUGACCUCUUUGAUUUUUUUUCUUACACUACAAACUCUUAUACCCAUUUUGUCUUCAGGGGAAUACCAUUUUGUUCUGUUUUCUCUUUUGUUUUCGUAUAGCAAAUUCAUUCUUGCAUUCAAAGUCUUUGUAAUAUUUCGAGUGAUGUGAGCUGAAACGAUAGACUUGUUUGAAACAAAUACGUCAAUGAUGUCUUUGAUUAAUAAAGAUCGGUGACUUUAAAUCA